CCGACGCCGCCCUGUCUCCUCGGCUCCUCUCUCCGAUCCAAUGGCCUACGCCGCACGCCUCGUAGCCAAGGUCCACCUCGCCGCGACGCCGCAGGCCGAGCCGCGCCACCUCUCCAGCUUCCGCGUAGGAGCACUCAGUCGAUCCACAACCGUUCAACGGCAAAAGUUUGUUGCUAAAUCUGCUAUCUCGGCUGUGGAAAGUGGUGAUACAUUUGUUGGAGUAAAGCAAAAUACUAGACCUAUCAUAGUCAUAGACAACUAUGAUAGCUUCACAUAUAAUUUAUGCCAGUACAUGGGAGAGGUUGGAGCUAAUUUUGAGGUUUAUCGCAAUGAUGAGAUCACUGUGGAAGAAAUUAAGAAGAUUUCUCCUAGAGGAAUACUUAUUUCCCCAGGCCCUGGCACUCCUCAAGAUUCAGGAAUAUCCUUGCAAACAGUUACAGAGCUUGGGCCCUCAAUACCGUUGUUUGGGGUUUGCAUGGGUUUACAGUGCAUUGGAGAGGCAUUUGGAGGGAAGGUUGUUCGAUCCCCUUACGGCGUUGUGCACGGAAAGGGCUCCCUUGUUCAUUAUGAUGAGAAACUUGAUGGAACUCUGUUUUAUGAUAUUCCUAACCCAUUCCAGGCUGGAAGGUAUCACAGCCUUGUAAUCGAGAAGGAUAGUUUCCCGCAUGAUACCCUGGAAAUUGUUGCGUGGACAGAUGAUGGGUUGAUCAUGGCUGCUCGCCACAGGAUAUACAAACAUAUUCAGGGCGUGCAGUUCCAUCCGGAGAGCAUCAUAACUACUGAAGGGAGGCUCAUGGUCAACAAUUUUAUCAAGAUUAUUGAAGGCUACGAAGCCUCGAAUUGCUCUCCGUGAUUUAUCUAGUUGGAAGCAGCAGCAGCCCUGCGUGGGGCGGGUGACAAUAAGAUGAUGUAAAAGCUUGUAACUACAUAGCUCGAACAUGUAAACUCAGAUGUAUAUGUUCGGAUGUCACAAACUCACGACACUCAGAGUCCAACUACUGUACAUGGUCGCAUGUGGCGUGUCGAUGUCAAAUCAAAUCAUUGAACUUUUAGCUCGGUGACCGCUAUAUUUGUUUUUUUACAGUAGUUACCA